AUGGCGGCCGCUGGCUUUCCCGACGCAAACAAAUCGCUGACGUAUUUUCCAGCGAGAAGGGACGAAACCGUUGUCGAAACUCACUUCGGCGAGACCGUUGCCGAUCCCUACAGAUGGCUGGAGGAUCCCGACAGCGCGGAGACCAAGGCGUUUGUGGAGGCGCAGAACAAGCUCUCACGACCUCUGUACCGAACAGCGAUUCGCGAGAAAUUCUUUAAAAAGCUGGAGCAGGUCUACGACUAUCCAAAAUACGGUGUCCCCUUCCGCGAAGGAGACAUGUGGUACAACUGGUACAACACAGGGCUUCAGAACCAGAAUGUCUUGUAUGCUCGGAAAUCGCUCCACGAUGAACAAGCUCGGGUUGUCUUGGACCCCAAUGUAUGGACUGAGGACGGGACCGCUGCUGUAGGCGCUACGGCGUUCACCGAUGAUGGGUCUUUGAUGGCGUACACCCGAAGCGACAAAGGAAGCGACUGGAUGCGCAUUUUCGUUGUGCGAGUCGAAGACGGAUAUGUCUUUCCAGAUGUGGUGAAACACGUCAAGUUCUCGUCUUUGGAGUGGUCGCCUGACAACCAAGGCUUCUUCUACAACCGCUACGACGUACCGGAUGAAGACCAAGAAGACAGCGGCACAGCGAACGCUCAGCACGAGUUCCAGAAGGUGUUCUAUCACAAGCUGGGCACGGAUCAACAAGAGGACAUUCUGAUUCUCUCGCACCCCGAGCACCCCAAGUGGCUCACCGACGUUACACUCUCGUGGGACCGUCGAUUUCUGAUCGUGGAGAUUUCCGAGAGUUGCAGCCCCAAAAACCAAGUGUGGAUUGCCGACUUGGACUCGAUCCGCACCCCCAAUGCACGGGACGCGUACGACUUUUCCAAGCUGGAGUGGAAGAAAAUUGUGACCAACUUCGACGCUGGGUACGAAUACCUGACAAACGACGGAACCGAGUUCGUGUUCCUCACGAACAAGGACGCACCGCGGUACAAACUCGUCAAACUCGAUAUUUUGCAUCCAGAAGAAACUUUCUGGAAAACGCUGGUUCACGAGACGUCCGACCUGCUGAGCUCCGCCGACGUGGUGGACGGCAACAAGUUGAUCCUGCACUACUUUCGGGACGUCACAUCACAGCUGGAAGUCCGCGAUCUCCACACAGGACAGCUGUUGGGUGCGAUCCCUCUUCCGCUCGGAAGCGUCAAGCAAAUCUCGGGUGAACGCAGGUUCCCUCACAUGCUCUUCUCGUUCACGUCCUUCACUACGCCGUCUGACAUCUACCAGAUGGACUUCGCCGCCGCUGUCAAGAGCGGGGACUGGACGCCCACGCUGUAUCGACAGACCAAGGUGGAGGGCGCCGACCUGAGCCAGUUGGAAGUCAGCCAGGCGUUUUUCGACAGCAAGGACGACACCAAGAUUCCCAUGUUCAUCAUGCACAAGAAAGGCCUCAAGCGCGACGGCAACAACCCCACUGCUCUCUACGGCUACGGCGGCUUCAACAUCUCGAUAACGCCUUCCUUCACCCCGUCUUGGGUCGUUGCAAUGCUCAACCUGGGAAUGGUCAUGGCAGUCGCGAAUAUCCGCGGCGGCGGGGAAUACGGAAAGGCGUGGUACGAGGCCGCAAUCAAAACGAAGAAGCAGGUCAGCUACGACGACUUCCAACAGGCCGCAGAAUAUCUGAUUAGCCAGCAGUACACUUCGCCCCGACGGCUGGCCAUUCAUGGCGGUUCCAAUGGCGGUCUCUUGGUGGGCGCAUGCAUCAAUCAACGACCGGAUCUCUACGGAGCCGCGGUUCUCCAUGUUGGUGUCCUCGAUCUUCUACGCUUUCACAAAUUCACCAUCGGCCAUGCCUGGACAAGUGACUACGGUAGCCCCGAAAACGAAGAGGAGUUCCGCUCUAUUUUCCAAAUUUCGCCUCUCCACAACAUCGGCAAGGCUCGUGGCAAGGGACAAGGCCACCAAUAUCCGGCAGUGUUUCUCCUGACAGGAGACCACGACGACCGCGUUUCCCCCUUUCACUCGCUCAAGUUUAUCGCCGAGCUCCAGCACUCUGUCGGUAGCUCUUCGAAGCAAACGAAUCCGUUGGUGAUCCGCGUCGACACAAACACUGGCCACGGAGCCGGGAAGCCGGUGAAGAAGUCAAUCGAGGAAGCGGCAGAUGUGUACGGCUUUUUGGCGAACGUUUUGGGCAUUCAAUGGCACGAGCAGUAA